AUGGCGGCAAACAUGCAUAUCACUCCAGAGCAGGUGCUGCAGUUCAGUGCUCCCACCAGUGACUUUCUCUGCCCUUUAACCGCCAACACGUACAACAUUGAAUUCUACCGGUUCACCAUCCGUGACAUGGAUACAGGCAAAGUUGUGUUUGAUGUUGAGCGUGACCACGGAGACUACCCGCCCCCUGAAACCCUCCGGCAGCUUUCACCGGAGAUGCAGCAGUUGAUGCGCACCAUCUCUUACACCUUCCCUCCUUCAUUGCUGCGACGAAAGACGAUUGGGGCCAAACUUGUGUUUGGUGUCAACGGCGACGCCCCUGUCCCAAACUUCCGCAUGAUUGAGCGGCACUACUUCCGUAACACACUCAUCAAAUCUUUUGACUUCACAUUUGGUUUUUGCAUCCCGCACUCCACUAACACGUGGGAGGCGAUCUACGACAUGCCUACACUUUCGGAGGAGUGGGUGCGCGCCAUCAUCGCAAGCCCGAACGAGACCGUCAGUGACAGUUUUUACUUUGUGGACAAUAAGCUUAUGAUGCAUAACAAGGCAUACUACGCAUACAACGCGCGUGAGGAAGACUCUGUUGUUUGA